AUGAAGACUGUCUGGCCGAAAGGAGCAGCGCAGUCGAAUUCGUCUGCUAGAGAGGGGGAGGAGGGAAAAUGUCGACUACUGGGCUUUACGUGGAGUGAGCCAUCUCCUUAUCGCUGUGAGGGCACGCCUUUUGAACUAGGAAAAGAUGGAGGAAUGUUGGUGAAUCAGUCCAUGGAAUCAUCUGUCCAAGACAUCUAUGCUGCUGGCGAUGUUUGCACGGUUAACUGGGAUGUGGCUUUUCAUUGGUUUCAGAUGCGGCUAUGGUCUCAAGCACGACCAAUGGGAUCUUACGCAGGGAUGUGUAUGGCAGCCUCUUUUCUUAAGGAAGCCCCUCCACUGCUUGAUUUCAGCUUUGAACUGUUCACCCACGUUACUCGUUUUUUCGGAUUUCGUGUUGUUUUGCUUGGGUUAUUCAAUGGGCAGAAGUUGGAAGGAAGGUAUGAAGCACUCGUGCGCGUGACAAAAGGUGUCGAGUAUCUCAAUCUAGUUGUCCAGGAUGGUAAGCUGCAUGGUGCGGUACUAAUCGGGGACACAGAGAUGGAGGGGACAUUCAAAAAUUUAAUAUUGAACCAAUUAGACAUUUCUCAGUAUGUGGAAAAUCUCCUCAAUCCCGAUAUUGAUAUUGAGGACUACAUUGAUUAAUCCAAGGUCAACUUCAAUGAGACUUGAACAAACCAGGAAAGAUUUCCUAUGCAGGGUUUUUGCUCCAGCAUCUGUCUCAGUCUAAAUUUUUUCGAUUUACUGGAUAUUUAAAAUGUAAUCAUCGUUAAAGUUGGAAUUUCCACUAGCUAUGGCGCAAAUUGUGAAUAUAAUUGACUUCUGAAAUUCUCGUGUAAAUAACAUGAGGAAUCACAACUGGA